AUGCUAAAAACAAGCGCUUAUUUGCUUUUACUCGUCGUUUUUGUGGUAAUAGAGACGAAAUAUUGGAAGAUAGUUGGUUUGGGAAGAAGUAUUCUUAUAGGAGGACCGCUGUACAAAAAAUCAUCCGAAUUCGUCUGUUUUGAUGGCUCGAAGAGCAUAAAGUACGAUCAUGUGAAUGAUGACUAUUGUGACUGUCCCGACGGCAGCGACGAACCUGGAACCUCUGCCUGCCCAAACGGGAAGUUUCAUUGCGCCAACAAAGGCCAUACUUCUGCCGACAUCCCGUCGUCUCGAGUGAACGACAAAAUCUGUGAUUGUUGUGAUGGAAGCGAUGAGUACAGCGGAUCCGUUGAGUGUCCUAACAUUUGCGAUGAACUGGGUAAUAGUGCUCGAGAACAGAAGCGCAAACAGAUGGAAAUCGAAAGGAAAGGAUAUGUUGCAAGAAAAAUUUUAGCCGCUGAAGGGCAGAAGCUAAGGGAAGAAAAACUGCAAGGAGUCGUUCCACUUAAGGAGGAGAAGGCACAGCUUCUGUUGAAGAAAGAGGAACUGCUGCAAAUGAAGAAUAUGGCUGUAGAAAAAGAGACUACACUUAAGGACAAGCAUAGAGAAGUAAACAUUGUUUUCUCUAAUAGGAUAACUUUGGAUGAAAUCAAAAAUUUGGGAUAUCUUGACGACAACAAUGACGGAACAGUUUCCGAAGAAGAAGCUAAGUCAUUCGCCGAGCAAGAUUUUGGCGCUGAUUAUGCAUGGGCUACACUCAAAGGGAAAUGUUUCGAGCGUACCGAGAAGCAGUACACCUACAAAUUCUGCCCAUUUGAGAGGGUAGUGCAAAUAGAGAAAAGUGGUGUCGGAGAAACUGGUCUUGGGUCAGUAGAAUGGUCUGGUGAAUUGCCUAGAAAAUACUCUAAGCAAAGUUAUAGGGAUGGACAGGCGUGUUGGAAUGGUCCUCAGCGCUCUACUGAGGUGGAUAUUCAAUGCGGUGAAGACUCGGAGUUGAUUGAGGCAAGUGAACCCGCUAAAUGUGAGUAUCGGUUCGUAUUUCGAACGCCGGCAGCGUGCAAUGAUCCUGACCAAGAGGAAGCAACACAUAUGGAACUUUGA